AUGUUCUUCUCAACUCUAACUAUUGCCACAGCCCUAGCUGGGUUGCUGGCCACAGCCAGCGCGAAGGGCAUCAACUGCCAAGGCAGCGGCCUUUGUCCCGGAAAUAAAGGCUUACUGAGCCAAGCUCUGACGCAGCUGCGUACUAAAGACCAGAACCAGCAGUGGUCUCAGAACGAGAAGCUGAUCUGCAUCGAGUCUUCCAUCACUAUUGGGAAGCCGAACCUGUGCAUCUUCUACCAGAAUAUUGGCGACCGCAAGUUCACCACCGCGCAGUCUAUUCAAUACAUUGAGGGUUUACUGAACCACGGCUGCCAGGCUUGCGGUAGUAUCCCUACGGAUGACGGCAACGACGUCUCCAAAGGCGAGCUUACAGCCAACAUGGUCGCCUCCGGCAACCAGAAGCGCGCCAUCGACGCCGACGCCAAGCUGACAAAGCGUCGCGACGUAGAGCAUCCCUCCCAAUUGUUCCGCCGCCAGGGCAUCAACUGUAACGGAGGAGCUGCAUGCCGUCUAGGUGGCCUCGCUGGUACUCCCAGAGGGAAAAUCUCGGACCUGUACGACACCAUUUCUGCUGGAAACGGUAUUUUUAGAAACGGUGAACAGAUCGAAUGUAAGCCGCACGCAAGCGGCCGCCUCUGUGCCUUCUACCAGAACAUCGGCAAUCGUUCUUUCAAUACUCAGCAGACUCUAGAGUACCUUAACCGCCUGCUCGAACACGGCUGCGAGGUCUGUGGAAGUGUACCAACCGACGAUGGCAACGACGUUUCCAAGGGCGAGCUGACUGUCAACUACGUGGCCUAA